GUACUUUUUCUCCUCUUGGCACAUUCCAGCCGUCAUAUGAUGUUUUCAAAAAUUAUAGCAUGUAUUAUCCGACCAUCGCAUCUGCGGUAGACUGCGGAUCCUAAUUUUCCUGAUGAAAAUUUCUCUAUGCCCAUUACAACGCAAACCUCCAGCCAGCACGCAGCUCCUAACAAGCCAUAGUCAUCACCGCAAUGGCGCCAGCCAAAGCCCCCGCGGGUCACUUCUCUAUCUUGUAUUUUGCCGCAGCCUCCACGUAUACACGCAGAGCAAGCGAACACCUCCCCGCCCCUGUACGGGCUCGCGACUUGUUCGCUCUGCUGGAGGAGCGAUAUCCAGGCAUUGGGGAGAAGGUCCUGAGCAGCUGUGCUGUUACGGUGAAUCUGGAGUAUGUGGAUGCUGGGGGGGAUGAUGCAGAGGACGCGGGCAGAGUGAUCAAGGAGGGGGACGAGGUUGCUAUCAUCCCACCCGUGAGCUCUGGAUGAACGAGUGUAAAGGGAAUGCAAAGGACCAGGUUUAGGAUUAGGAAGUACGACUUGUGUAUAGAUUGACUCUGGAUGCCCUAGCGGCUCCAAUAUCGCAAUACCAUGGAUUUCUCCAACCCA